GCAAGGCUCCUUCUAUCAAAAUGGCUGCCGCUUGUGACAUUUCGCAAGAUCAAGUAGCAGAUGAUUCGACCAGUGUUAAUGACGUCUCCUCAGAAGUAUGGACUGUUCCGAAUAAUGAAGUCCGAAGCAAUGACAAUCAGGGCCAGUCCCCAACUGAGGUUCAUGUGGUGGUGUCUGUUCAGCCCGAGGAGAAGAAGCCGCAGCGGGCGGCAUACCAAGAGAGACGGUCAGGAAGAAUCCCCACCAGGAAAAGAAGUGUUCCCUUCAAGUUCAGGGAUUACAGGAAUCCAGACCUGGUGAAUGAGGAGAAUGAAGGGGAGGAGGCAGAGGAGAAAUUUACACCUGAGGAGGAGUUCCGAAACGUGUCCCUGGUCAAACGACCUGCCACAUCCUCCACCCGAAAAAGAGGUCGGCCAAGGAAACUUCCUCAGUAUGAAGUGCCCAUGACACAAGAAGUUAUUACUUUAGAUGCUAAUACAGCCAAUAGCCUGGGGGUAGGGAAUGAGGAAGUCAGUAUAGUGAUCAUCCAGCAGGGGGCUGAAGGAGGGGACAUAGUUCUACAGACCGGGGGAGGACAGGUGCUUUCUGGCUCCGUGGAGACCAAUCAGAUCCAGAGUAUACCUCAACAGCAGACCGCUACAGACCAGUCCACAAACCUACCUCAACAGCACCUCGUGGAACAAACCUCAACCCUGACACAACAAACCUCAACUCUGACUCAACAAACCUCAACCUUGACACAACAAGCCUCAACUCUGACUCAACAUGUGGUUGACUCGGCGGGUGAUAAGGAACAGAGUGAGGCAGGAGGUUCUGUCGAAAACCAAAGUCAGGGGGAGGUAAUUGAAGAGACGCUAGUUGUCAAAUCAGAAAAUAUUGAUUCAAUGGAGGAGGAUGAAAUAGAGGAAAGUGGAAGUGUGGAAUCUCAGGAGGGGGAAGAGGAGAAAAGUCACAUGACCCAGGAGGGGGAGGAGGAAUCCCAGAUUGUUAAUUCUCAGGAUGAGUCUGAAAUCCAAAAAUCUCAAAAACCACAAACUGUCUACCUCAAUAAAAAACCAAGGCGGUCAGGAAAGAAAAAUAACGUAGUUGUGGUUUAUUCCUGUGGAGUCUGCAUGAAAAAGUUCUCGUCAAAAGGCAAUUUAAAAACACACAUGAAGAUACAUUUGGGAGAAAAACCCUUCCACUGUAACGUUGAAAAUUGUCCAAAGUCAUUUCGAAGUAACGAAGCCUUACGGCGACACAAAAUGUCACAUUUAGGUAUCAAGCCCUUUGAGUGCAGUUUUUGUAACAACAAAUUUUCCAGUAAUGUCAGUUUACAGGAGCACAUGUCGCGACACACCGACUCCAAACCUCAUCAGUGUCACAUCUGUCUGCGGAACUUCCGACAGAUCAGCUGUUUACGGCGUCACCUAAUCACACACUCCUCAGAGACGCCGUUCUCGUGUCAAAUCUGUGGACGGAAAUUCUCCCAAAACAUGUACCUCCGGUCCCACAUGAAAAUGCACACAGGAGAAAGACCGUUCAAGUGUAAGCUGUGUGACAAGGCUUUUGCCCAUCAGUCUGAUCUCAACCGACACAAAAUAGUUCACUCAGGAGAAAAACCCUACGAGUGUGAAGUCUGCGGAACACGGUUCAGUGAUCCGUCCAGUAAACGGCGCCACGAACGAGAGCACGUGGGAACCAAGCCGUAUGUGUGUCAGCUCUGUUACGAGUCAUUUAAAAGAGCGGGGCAGUUAAAGGCCCAUCUUAGUAGGAAACAUCUUCAUCAGAAGGAUGAUGUACAGGUGAUCCGGACUAGUACUGGGGCCCUACAAUUUGUGUUCCCGAAUGCAGACCAAUGUAUCACCCAGCAGGACAUCGCCUCCUCCAUGUCCGGCGAUCAUCCAUCCAUGGUGAAGCAGAAGAAAAUAGUCAAGUUAAUCCAAGACCUCAACUCCUCCAUACAGAAUGUCCCCAUUAACCCACCUCCUCACGAUUACUCUGCCACCGAGUCUCCCUCAGGACUUGAUGGGGACAGACAGGAGAUGUCUGUGGAGUCUGUGAUCAGUGAGGCCCUGGACAAGAACCAGGGUCUGAUGUCUCAGGGUGGGGACCAGAGGGUACAGACACUGCCCGUGUCGACGUUCGACGGUUCCCAGAUGUCAGAGUCCACGGUGGUGACAAUAGCGGAGGUCCUGGAUAACGGCCACAUCCAGACGAUCCAGACGGACGACUGUGUGCCGGUUGAGUACCUCCACAUCAUAGAGGAGCUGGCACCUGAAUCUCUGGAACAACAGGUGGUGGAGGUCCACUAUCAGGAUUCGGAACACCAGGGGGAGCUCCACACUGAGCAGGGAAUCCCCAAACCCCUAGAGGAUCCCCCCACCGUGACCCCAUCAGCAUCUGACCAGACCUCAGACACCGCUGCGGUGGAUUAUGCCAGUAACCCCGACUUCAGCAGCCAGGCGUACUAUAACUGGUUGUGCAGCUUCACAGAGCUGUGUAAAGUCAUGCCCAUGCCGCUGGACGUAUCCCUUUUCCAGAAAAUCAGCCAGGUCCACAAACAUUUGUCUGACGUCAUGGCAACACCCUCAGGUGUCGUGGCAGACAAGGAGAAUUUCAAGACACUCAUGAACAUCUCUAAAGAACUGAACACCAUCAUUAAUGAGCACUUGUUUUACGUCAUGCAGAAUCUGGAUGCCAUGGAUGAGAAGUAGUGACCAGUUUUUGAGUUUACUCUUCAUUGCUGCUAUCGUUGUAUUUGAUCAGGUUUUGUUAAGAAAUUAUGUGUCUGAUAUUUAAAUCUGUGGCAAUCAAACUGACUCAUUCUCCAGAAACUAUAAUUUAUUUUUAGUUAUGUAAUCAUUAUACAUUUGUUAUUUGUUUUAACGUGUUAAAAUUGGAUUAAACACAAUUGAAAAAGAAA